CUAAACAUCGUUUGGACAGCAAAUAUUUGAUGUCCCUCCUUUGUUUACAAGAGUCUAGAGAUAGCAGAAACUGUUAACAAGCUCACCGUUUGUCACUUGAUCUGUUUCUUUAAUUUUGUGUUGGUAUUUCUCUACCAGAGCGCACCAGUAUGCUCUCAUCAAGCAAUUGCAUGCUAGUUGUGAUGUCACUAGGUGAAAACUAAAAAUGAUAUGAAGGCAACACAGCAUUUUGAGGUGACUCCUACGGGAAGACGGUUGACGAUCAUAUGAGUUCAACUUUCACUUUUGGUAAUAAGCACUCUGCAUUUUCAAGUCAAAACAGUGACUAUGGCCACCCAAUGGCUUGUAUUUCAUACCCAUUCAGUGAUUCUGGUUCAGGAGCUUGGCCGGCCUAUGGGUCACGCGCUCUGUUCCAACCCCAAACUACUGGAGGAGGGUCCGCAACAGCAAGAGUUCCCUUGCCUCUCGAAAUAGCGGCAGAUGAGCUCGUAUUUGUCAAUCCCAAACAAUAUCAUGGAAUUCUCCGCAGAAGACAGCUGCGUGCUAAGUUAGAGGCCCAGAAUAAGCUCAGCAAAAACAGAAAGCCCUAUCUUCACGAGUCUCGUCAUCUUCAUGCAAUGAAAAGGGCAAGAGGUUCUGGCGGGCGUUUCCUCACUGCUAAACAACUCCAGGAGCAGUCUCGCGCUGCCUCCAUGAAGGCCACCGCCGAUGGCGUGAAUUCAGCAGGCUCAACCCACCUACGGCUAGGUAACGGGGCAGCUGGAGAUGGAACUGUGUCGGCGUCCAAAACAAUAGCCUCGCAUGAUAACAGCAAGAGAGUCGCCGCCCCUGCUCCUGCCUUCACCAUGACUAACGCGGCGCACAAAGACGACGACUUCUUCCAGCACCAUGGUUACCACCUCAGCUUCUCCAGCCGUUUCGGUCAGGCAAGCGGGCGGUACUCAUAAUAACCACCCGGUGUGGUCGGCAAAUCAUCCUUGGCUUUAUUUCUGGCGUGUUAGGACUUCAGAGGUAGUAUCUCAUAUUGUUGUGCUUUCAGCGCACAAGUCGGGUCUUCAUGGUUAUGUGAUCAAUAUGCGACUGCAAGAGUUAGUGUAACUGUGUGUGUUCGAACAAACAAUUCAGUGUUCACUUGACAAUGUCUCGUGGAACUCGUCUUCUGUUCACUCCAACUCCAACGUGGCUAGACAACUUGUCCUCCA